AUGUCUCCCGCCCUCGGCGCGCCCAACGCGCAGCGGCGGCAGACCACCCUCCGGUUCGAGGGGCGCCUGGGGCUGAGCGGGCUGCCUCCGCCAGAGUUUGGCUCGCCCACCGGCGGGCUGUCACCCUGCCACGGGUCGCAAGCCCUCUGCCGGCCGGAGCGCAGGCUGCGCGGGCUUCCAGCAAUUGGUCCCUUGGCAAGCGCGAAUCGGUCCCCCUGGCUCCAGGAACUGAUCCGGCACUACACCCGGAUCUAUUGCUCCGUCCCGCGCCUCAUGUGGGCUCUCGAGAAGAUCCUCGGGAGUCCUGCUCCGCGGUCGGCGGCGACGCCGCGUGCGCCCACGCCCACCGCGGCCGAGCUGGACGAGCUGUCGGCUCAGCUCAUCUCAGCCUCGACUCGUGGCGAUGUCGAGGCUGUGCGGGCUCUGCUCAAGGCCGGCGCGAGCCCAUCUUGCCGAGGCGAGAUGGGCGCGACGCCGCUGCACCGCGCAGCCGACCAGGGCCACACGGCUAUCGCCGAGCUCCUACUCGCCGCCGGCGCGCCGGUCAACGAGCGAGACGACCUCGGCGACACGGCUCUGCUCUGCGCCUGCCGGCGCGGCCGAGCGAGCUGCUCCCGGCAGCUGCUCGCUGCGGGCGGGGACGCGGCGCUCUGCAACAUGCAGGGGUCCAACUCGCUCGACGCGGCGCUCGAGGCGCGAGAGAUGCUCGGCCUGGCGGAGGUGUCGGAGCUGCUGCUUGGCCAACUCAACCACCACCAUCUCGGCCAGGCGCUCGAUCGCAACUACCCGAACUGCCACUUGUGCAAGGAGCCCUUCACGAUCUUCAACCGGCGGCACCACUGCCGCUCGUGCGGGCUGGCGGUGGAGGAGGAGCAUCGGCGGCGGUUGGGUGCGUGGGUCGAGUCGCAGCUGCGGCAGGCGGUGGAGCGAAAGGUGCGGCGCGACGCCCCGCAGUUGGGAUCGUGGCACGGCCGGCUCGAGGCGCUCGCGGGGCGCGCGGCCGCGUCGCUGCAUCCGGAGCCGAACCGCUCCAUCGGCACCAUCCUCAAGAUCAAGACGCUCGCCGGCGGGUCCGCAGCUGACUCGCGGUAUGUUGACGGGGUGGUUUGCCGGCUGCGCCUCGCGGACAAGCGCAUGGCGACGCGGCUGCCCUCGCCGCGCAUCCUGCUCCUCGAUUGCGCGCUCGAGCACGAGGCGGGCGGCGUCUCCACGUCGCUCGAGGGCCUCGGCCGGCAGGAGGACGAGCACAUGACGAUGGUCGUCGCCGAGCUCGCCAAGCUGCGCGUCGACUUGCUGCUCGUCUCUGGCUCGGUCUGCUUCACCGCAAAGACCAAGCUGCUCGAGGCAAAGAUCGCGCUCGUCGUGAAGGUCAAGCCGCAGCUCCUCCACCGCCUCGCCCGAGUGUGCGGUACGGUCGUCUACCGCUCGCCCGCGCAGGUGCUCGGCGCACAGCCGGGCACGUGUGGCGCGUGGCGUGUGGAGACCAUCACCGUCGUCGAGCCAUCUCCCUCGCUCGCCGACCCUCCGUUGGCAGCGGCUCCCGCGGGCGGCGCUACAGCGGGCGGCGCUACGGCGGGCGGCGGGGCGGCGGGCGGCGGGGCGGCGGGCGGCGGGGCGGCUAGCCGGCGGGUGACACUCAUGUGCUUCGAGCAGUGCGACCCCGCGCUGGGUGCGACGGUGGUCCUUCGCGGCGAGGGCACGGCGGCGCUCAAGACUCUCAAGCGGCUCCUCGCCUCGGCCGCGUACGUCGCCGCCGACUUGCGCGCGGAGGCGGCUUGCGUCUUCGACUUUGGGGGGACGAUGCCGCCCGCGCGGCCCUCGUCCAUCCCUCCCGAGAGGCGCCUCUCCCGCUUCUCCUCGGCCUCGCCCUCGUACGCGCCGCGGCGGGUCUCGGUGGAGGCGGUCCUCGGCAGGCAGCCACGCACCAUCGCCGCCGGUGCCGCCUCCGCU